AUGCCACGGGCCCCAGAGGUCCCCCCGGUGCAGGUGUGGGUGGGCGGCCAGCUCUUCCAGGCGGACCGGGCCCUGCUGGUGGAGCACUGUGGCUUCUUCCGCGGUCUCUUCCGCUCCGGCAUGCGAGAGACGCGCGCGGCCGAGGUGCGCCUGGGCGCGCUGAGCGCUGGCGGCUUCCACACCACGCUGCAGGUGCUGCGCGGCGAGCGGCCGGCGCUGGCGGCCGACGAAGAGCUGCUGCAGGCCGUGGAGUGCGCCGCCUUCCUGCAGGCGCCCGCGCUGGCGCGCUUCUUGGAGCACAGCCUCACGUCGGACAACUGCGCGCUGCUGUGCGACGCGGCCGCGGUCUUCGGCCUACACGACGUGUUCCGCACCGCCGCGCUCUUCAUCCGCGACGGCGGGCGCGGGCUGGCGGCCGAGCUGGCGCUGCCCGAGGCCCGCGCCUACGUGGCGGCGCUGCGGCCCAGCAGCUACGUGGCCGUGAGCACGCACACGCCGGCGCCCGGCUUCCUGGAGGACGCGUCGCGCACGGUGUGCUACCUGGACGAGGAGGAGGACGCGUGGCGCACGCUGGCCGCGCUGCCCCUGGAGGCCAGCACGCUGCUGGCGGGCGUGGCCACGCUGGGCAACAAGCUGUACAUCGUGGGCGGCGUGCGGGGCGCCAGCAAGGAGGUGGUGGAGCUGGGCUUCUGCUACGACCCGGACGGCGGCACGUGGCGCGAAUUCCCCAGCCCGCACCAGCCGCGCUAUGACACGGCGCUGGCCGGCUUCGAUGGCUGCCUGUAUGCCAUCGGCGGCGAGUUCCAGAGGACGCCCAUGAGCUCUGUGGAGCGCUACGACCCGGCCGCAGGCUGCUGGAGCUUCGUGGCUGACCUGCCGCAGCCGGCCGCGGGCGUGCCCUGCGCCCAGGCGCGUGGUCGUCUCUUCGUGUGUCUAUGGCGGCCGGCAGACACCACGGCUGUGGUGGAGUACGCUGUGCUGGCGGACACGUGGCUGCCGGUGGCCGAGCUGCGGCGUCCGCAGAGCUACGGCCACUGCAUGGUGGCCCACCGCGACAGUCUCUACGUGGUGCGCAACGGACCUAAAGACGACUUCCUGCACUGCGCCAUCGACUGCCUCAACCUGGCCACGGGCCAGUGGACGGCACUGCCUGGCCAGUUUGUCAACAGCAAGGGAGCGCUCUUCACGGCGGUGGUGCGCGGCGACACGGUCUAUACGGUCAACCGCAUGUUUACGCUGCUCUAUGCCAUCGAGGGUGGCACCUGGAGGCUGCUCAGGGAGAAGGCCGGCUUCCCACGGCCCGGCUCCUUGCAGACCUUCCUCCUUAGGCUGCCUCCUGGCGCCCCGGGGCCUGUGGCCUCAACGACACCAGAACUGUGA